UGUUGUGGCUGUGGCCUCACCUGACGCAGAAUACAACUUCCUAGUUUUUAUGUGUUAGUGUGGUCUCCAGACUCCAGUUCUCUUUCACCAGUUUCACCAUCUCCACUUGUCGAACAUCGGAACAUGAUUCUUAACGGCGGUUAAUUUACUAAGAAGUUAUGAUAGUUUCAUCAUUCUUUUUGAGAAAUUAAAUUUAGAUAUCAAUUUAUACAUCAAAUUCAUUCCUAAAAGAAAACUGAAUAUCAUACAAUGAAUACCAGAAAUAUACAAAACAAAUUAAAUCUUGAAGAAGUAUUUUGUAUAGCAUGCCGAUGCAUUUAUUUACAACCUGUGACAAUGCCAUGUGGUCAUACACUCUGUCUAGAAUGUUUCAAAAAUAUGGUGAAUUUAACAGCAUACCAGUGUCCCAUGUGCCGUAGACGAAUUAGUAAUUGGCUUCGUAAAUUUAAACAUGAUUGGGAUGCCAUGCUUAAUGUGAACCUUUGGGAAGCUAUAAAACAGCAGUAUCCAGUAGAAGUACAGAAAAGGUUAAAUGAUGAAGAUGAUGGUCUCGAAGAACGUAUUGUCAACCAUGGCUUUAGUCGGGUGGAAAUUAAAGAAGGAGAAAUAAAAAAAGAAUUUGAUGAUAUGCAAAUGAACAUUUUUAAAGAACAAGAACAAAGAGAGUUGCAAAAUUUGGAGUUGGCCAAAAAAUUACAAGAAGAAGAAGUUUUUAAGAUUCAAACUCAAACAUCUUUAAAUGAAGAAUUAACACGAAAAGAUUCUAUAAUAGCAACAUCUAUUCAAGAAAAUAUAAUAAAAGAACUUCAUCAAGAAGAAAUAAUUUUAAUCCGAUCAGAUUUGGAUUUGGCUACAAAAUUACAAAAUCAGAUAGAGACUGAGACAAAAACUUGUAUGAAAAAGUCAGUUUCUGAAAAAAAGCAAAUUAUAAAAGGACCUCUGGAUAAAAUGUUUUCUAAGUCAACUGGAAAUAAUUCUAAGGUACUAUGGAAUAAUACACAAAAAUGUAGUCUAUCUAGCAGUAUUUCUUCAUCUAGUACAAAAUGUGAAAUUCCAUCUCCUAAUACAUCAUUAAGUUUUUCUUCAGAUCCAUGUGCAAGUUCAUCAACUAUAGAUUCAUCUGAAACAUUUGAAGAUGAAAAUGUGGGUACUUGUACUUGUGGACGUUUACAAGAUAACUUCACCACAGAUAGUCCUUGUACAUUUUGCAUUGCUCAAAUAGCAGCGUUGAAUAAAUUGUGGACUCAACAACAAAAUGAUUUUUUAGUGGCCAAAGAUUUAGAGAAAAAAUUACUCCUGAAUAAUUUUAACGAUUAUAAUUUAAGGAAAAGACCAAGUUCAACCGCAAGCCUUGCUCGUAAGAAAAGAAUUAAACUAUCUAAAGGACAAAUGACAUUGAAACAAGUAUUAAAGGACAGUGGCAACACAACAUUGUGGAAAUAGUAUAAACUAUUUGUGAAGAAWUAUAUUAACUAUUAAAUAAUUUAUAAGUAACAGUUAAAAGACAUUGAAGAUUUAAAUAUUAAUUUAUAGUUUUGUAAUAAACAAGAAUUAUAUCAACAUUCGGUUUUUUACUCUGUUACCAAAUUUAUAUAAAACAUAACACUUGAUAAAUUUAAUUAUUAAAUGAAAAGCUGUGUAGCAUACAAUCAUAAAUUU